AUGGAGACCAACGCCGCCUUUCCAACCUCACCCGAUUCGUCGACCCGAGAUUUCGGCUCCGAUUUCGCCUCAAUGUACCGCUCCAUUUUCCCGCCCAAAUUCACACUCCCGAGCUCCCUCUCCCUCACUCCCUCCACUCGCUCCUCCUUCUCGGACUCCGAUUCCAACUCCGACGACCACCACCAUAAUCACAAUGCUACGUCGCAGCGCCUCACCCAGGCUCAGCUUAUCCUCGAGUCCCAGGAGCUCCGCGACCACUACGAUCUCUGCAGCGCUCACCUCCGCGACCUCGCCGACGAACUCGACUCUCUCCGCCGGGAGAACUCCCAUCUCCGGUCCGCGAACGCCGACCUCGUCAAGCUCCUCUCGUCGCAGGCCACCUUCCAGAGCUUCCUCCUCUCAUCCUCCUCGUCGUCGGCGUAUCAGAGUCCUUCCACGCCGUCGUUUCUCGACGACUUUCGGCGGCUCGGAUUCGGAUCUCUCGGUCCUCGCGACGGCGUCGUUUCCGACGAGGCCUCGGAUAUCAGUCCCACGAGCGUCAUCGAGCGAAACCGGUUCGACGUCGUAGACCGGGUUGCGCUCCCCAAGAGCAUUUCCGUCCGCUCCUCGACUCGGCCACGUGUCCCUAGCCAACUCGUUUCUGGCUCGCCCACCCAGAGCCAAGUGAAGGUGUUCAAUCAGGGGAUGGUGAAGACGGAGCUGUGCAACAAGUGGGAGGAGACUGGCACGUGUCCGUACGGAGAGAACUGCCAGUUUGCUCACGGCGUUAGGGAGCUCCGUCCGGUGAUGAGGCACCCGCGCUACAAGACUCAGCUCUGCCGGAUGGUUGCAGCUGGCGGCAAGUGUCCGUACGGUCACCGCUGCCACUUCCGUCACUCGCUGACUGAGCAGGAGAGGCUGCAACUGGCCAUGGCAGCAGAGACUCGUUUUGAUUAGUGGAUGAUGGAUAUAUGCAUGGGACUGGGUUUUGUUUAAAUUGGCCCCCCCCUUUUUUUUUUCUUUUCUUUUUUUGUAUAUAGACCAGUCGUUUAAAGAUUUGGGAACUAAAAAUGUUCCAAAUCCAACGUAAAUUAGCAAGAAUAAAGAAAAUGUGAAUUUUUGUAACGGGGUGCUGAGAGGGAAAAACGUCAAUUACUGAUUUAUUGCUUGUAUUUUUUUUAAUUAAUUUGAUUAUUAUCUAUAUAUACAUUAA